AAAACACAGACUGAAAAACAGCAGCAGGGACCUUUUGAUUUGACUCAACUUGUUUUUUUUUUACAGUGUUUUCCUGUCAGGUUAGGUCGUGUUUUAUGUGAGGGGAGACUCUGUAAAGAUGGCUUUCUUCGUGAAAAAGAAGAAAUUUAAGUUUCAGACCCAGCUGACCCUGGAGGAGCUGACCGCUGUGCCUUUUGUUAACGGAGUUUUGUUCUGCAAGCUGCGGCUGCUGGAUGGAGACUUUGUCGCCACUUCUACAAGGGUGGAGGUUCAGGAGAACUGCGUCCGCUGGAGGAAGAGGUUCACCUUCGUGUCCAAGAUGAGCGCCAACCCUCACACGGGAGUCCUGGAUCCGUCCGUCUGCAGGCUGUCAGUCAGGAAGGAACUCAAAGGAGGAAAAGCAUAUUCGAAGCUGGGCUUCACAGACCUCAACAUGGCCGAGUUUGCGGGUUCGGGCUCCACCGUGCGCUGCUGUCUGCUGGAGGGAUACGACACCAAGAACACACGGCAGGACAACUCCAUACUCAAGGUGAUCAUCGGGAUGACCCUGCUGUCUGGAGAUCCGUGUUUUAAAACGCCUCCCAGCACAGCGAAGUCCAUCUCCAUCCCGGGCCGGGAACACACCCUGCAGCUGGACUGUAAGGGGGAGGGGACGGCCGAGCACAUCCUGGCUGGAGGGGUCUCUCUGGGCCGGGCCUCCAAACCGAGACCCUCCAUCAUCAGCUCAGGUCUCCUUGAAGAAUCUGAAGUGAACCAGUCUGCAGACAUCUUUCAGUCAGGUCACUCUCGUAACUCGAGCUACGCCAGCCAGCACAGCAAGAUCUCAGGCUACAGCACUGAGCACUCCUGCUCCUCCAGCCUGUCAGACCUCACACACCGCAGAAACACCUCCACGGGGAGCAGCACCUCGGGGGGGCUGGGCUUCACCACUGACACACCCACAGAGGGGGAAAGGGACGCCGGACGUCCAGAGAGACCCCCAAGACCCCCGCGGCCUGUCCACCCCCCAAACAGGCCCCCCAGGAGGAAGCAGGACUCGGUGGAGAGUCACCCCUCCUGGGUCAACGACACGCGCAUAGACGCCGACGACAUCGUGGAGAAAAUCGUCCAAAGCCAAAACUUUGCAGAUAUUCACAACACUGAAGACAGCAACCUGCGUCUGUUCGUCAGCAGAGAUGGAACCACGGCGCUCAGCGGCAUCAGGCUCGGAAACAGGGUGUCUGCAGGCGGCUAUGAGCCUGUGGUGAUAGAGAGCCACUAAACGGAGAGCAGCGGACCCUGAGGAUCGCCUCGUCUGCUGUCUCCGGGGUUUUCUUGGAGCUUCAGCCGGUCUGACGCCGUGAGAAGAGAACCUCGUCAGUUUGCACUUUAUGUGAAGUUUGUGUCCGUCUGCUCGUCUGCACUCAGAUGUUUUCAGAGUGAACGAGCCACAUGCAAAGAAACGUUUCUGUAACACUGCCUCGUGUUAUUUUUAGUUUAAGGCGCUCUAAAUUUAAUUUCCCCUGAUUUAAACAUUACAGAGAAGAUACAGACAGUAGAAUCAUCCGUGUGUUUUAACCAUCGACUGUUUAUCAACAUGGACGACACAUCUCUGCCUCCUUCCGUUUAAACAAAGUUGAAGCCAAAACACCACGGCAACGGGCGCUAACACAUUGCACUGCCGACGUCAUUUGAAACCAGGAGAUCUGACUGGUGGAGUUAACAUCCCGCCCCUUCCUCCUCUAACCCACAUUGAAGUUGCCAAUAAAAGAACAGAUUCUUGGGUCUGUUUGCAGCAGAUGCUCACGGUUAUGGAACGUUCAAUGACGCAGGAGCCUCAUUGGUCAACAGAGCUGUCAAUCAGGCCAGGUUUUUUUUUUGCGUCAAAUAAGAAAAUUCAAACAAAACUUCUCAGAAAAACUGAACACUGAUAAAACUGCAUGAUAAGAACUUUGAGGACAGAUCUCGGGUGUGUCUCAUCUGUUAACAUGGAGGAGGCGGGUUUAUGACCGAUACUGCAGCCGGCCAGCAGGGGACGCUCUAAAUCUUUUUGGCUUCACUUGGAGGUGGCUGUUGCUCCGUUCAUCCUAAUAUACAGUCGAUGGUUAUCACUGAUGCUCUGUGCUCACUCUGCUGAUGGUCAGGCGACCACGCCCGUUCAAAGUGUCGCUUUUUAAAACGUUUACUUCUGAAACAUCGUUUUGUUCUUUAUGAAAGUGAAUCAGACACAAACUGAAACGGUAAACUAGAUCUCUCUCGCAGAGCAGCUGUGAAGACGCAGAAACUCUGAAUCACUUUAGUUUUUGUUUUGAAGUCGUUCCCUGUUGAUCGGGGGAAAACGCAGCUGAACCACUUUGUGCCUCUCGAGUUUCUCUCCAAUGAGCCUGAAGCACCGACAGCGUGCUGGUGACGGGGAGGAGGGAGACAUCUUUAACUUCUUGGUUUUUUUUGUGUGUGUCUUAUUGUGUUUGCUCUGAGUGUGCAGGUGUAGCCUCACUGGAGAUCCCACUGCAUCAUACGCUGCACUGCUCCGUCUGCAUGAAGGAUUCAAAUCCCUGAGAGAUCGUUUGUCUCUUUUCGCAGCCAUCUGAAGUUCUAAACAAAGCGUGACGUAAACAACCGCUUUGUGGUACAGGCUGCUCUGGUUUCACUUUUAGUCGAGAUGAAGGAAGAGUUGAAGGAUUCCUGCAGCAGCUUGAACUCUUAAAGUCUUUGUCGCCCCCUGGUGGAGCAACGACCUGCUGUCAGGUUUUAUUUAGCUUGAGUCUUUCCUCUUGUGGUGUUUACUUUCUGUCAGUUUACAGCUGACGAUCAAACACCACAGAGGCAGAAAGACGAGAUGUUUCUGAAGCUCUGACAGAAACAGGAGAAGAGUUACGAUGUUGUAAACCAGCCGGCUGGUUUACACUUUAUUCAGUUUGUUUUAGAAGAAAGUUUGAGCUCUGGAUGGAAGGAUCAUUUUCAUGUGAGGAGUCUUGAAAUUAUAUUUUUCUGUUUGUAAAAAAAAAGAAUAAGAGGGAAAACACACAAAAUCUUUAGAUUUCACUUGAAAACUCGGAUGUUUUGAUCUGAGAUUGUCGAGGAGAAAGUCAAAGCCGCGCUGCAGAUGAUGUUUAAAUUCCUGGUCCAUCUAAUCUGGACAUAAUUCACUUCACAGAGGAGGAUUAAAUAUCUCUUUUUUUUUCUCUUUGGGGCUCCGUACAUAUCAAACUGAUAAAUACUCAAACUUCAAACCUGGAAAAAGCAAAUCUGUGGCGUUUUGCAAAACUAGUAAAAACAUUUUCAUCAACAAUUCUUUGUUGCAUCAGAAACAAUUAAAGAAAUCCUUUUGGCCGUUUCCCCCCCCAUUUACAAACAGAAAUCUGCUUUUAAGACUCUCAGUUCGUAGUAUUUUUUUAAGUUUCUCAUCUCGUUCACACUACGCUGGCUCGCUCCGGCUCCUUGUAUAUCGGUUGCACACUCUGUCUUUACACUACCUGUUUGUAUUUGAGGUUAUUAAUCACACGCGUUCUCACGUUUGGGGAUGAACCACUGAUGUUUACAUCACCACAGCUUUUAGUUUUCUUUGAAAGCAUUUAUUUAAAUAUUUGUGUUCCUUUCUCUUCUUGUCUGGAGGUUUGUAAUAAGCUACGCACACGACUCACCUCCCCCCGAGCUUCUUUUUCUUUUAGUAACUCUAAUAAAUAAAUCUAUUGUAACAGAGCUAGUAUAACCUACAUUUAUAGAGAAACACUUAUAGUUACUAUGAUUUUUAUUCCAUAUUUUUGUGGGUUUUCUGCAGAAAUGACAAUAAAAAGCUAAUCUGA